AUGCUUGGUCAAGUUACUUUUGGUUGGAUAGAUAAGCGUUGUAAACAAGCAACUGGUCAUAAUCAGAAAGUAUUUGGUGGGAAGUCAUUGAUUUUAACUGGUGAUCCAGGUCAAUUGCCACCAGUGGCAGAUAAGCCUCUCUAUCAUGCUAACCCAUCAAAUGCUGUUGGUGAGCAAGGUUAUCAAGCGUAUCAUAUGUUUGACAAAGUUGUUAAGCUUACUGUAAAUCAACGUGUGCAGGGUAUGACACAUGAACAAAUACAGUUCAGAGAUCUGUUGUUGCGACUUCGCAAAGGUGAGUCAACAGUUGAUGACUGGAAAUUACUUCUCACACGUCAACCAUCCAAUGUCAUUAAUUUAGGCGACUUUCAAGAUGCUACUAGACUUUUCUAUAGUAAUGAACAAGUUGCAAAUUACAAUAAUGAACAGCUAACAAAACUUGAACAUCCAACUGCUCAUAUCAAUGCUCACCAUUCCUCUGCACUGGCCAAAAAGAUGUCGCCAGAUGAUAUGUCUGGUUUGGAACCUGUUGUAUUUCUAGCAAAACGCGCCAGGGUCAUGUUGACCAUGAAUUUAUGGUCAAGUGUUGGCCUCUGUAAUGGAGCUACUGGAACAGUUGUUGAUAUUGUCUAUCAGAACAACCAUCAACCACCUGACUUGCCUAUUGCUGUCAUUGUUGACUUUGAGAACUAUAGAGGUCCUGCUUUUAAUGUGAACAAACCUUCUUGUGUUCCGAUAUGUCCAAUCACAGUCUCGUCACAGUCAGAAUCUGGGUUUCAUGAACGGCAACAGUUGCCUCUAAGACUCGCCUGGGCUCUUACAAUUCACAAAAGCCAAGGACUAACUCUUCCAAAAGCUUGGAUAGAUAUUGGAAAAUCAGAAAAAACUGCUGGUGUUUCAUACGUCGCCAUAAGCAGAGUGAGAUCUCUUUCAUCUUGCGUCAUUGAACCCAUGACGUUUGAACGUUUAACCAGCUUGAAAUCAUCAGCUAGUUUACAAUACAGGCUUGAGGAAGAAUACCGCCUAGAUCAUUUAGCACAGACUACCAAUAGCAGUGCAUUUUAA